AUGAGUAUGGCAACGUUUCAUUUCAGCAUGUGUACAAGUGACUUUAUAUAUAAUCAAUUAUUUCAAAAAAUUUAUCAACAAGCCAAUAAAAUGUCGCGACUCGACUUGGUGAUAUUCGGGGCUACGGGCUUCACGGGGAAGCAUGCUGUUCAAGAACAAUGUCGCAUAUCGAAGGAAUACCCGGGAAUGACGUGGGGCGUCGCAGGUCGCAAUCAGAGCAAGCUCGAAGAGAUGUUGAAGGAAAUCUCAAAGAAAACUGAUGAAGAUUUAUCAUCUGUGAAGAUAAUAAUAGCGGAUGUCCAAGACGAGAAGUCUUUGAAAGAAAUGUGUUCUCAAGCCAAAGUGUUGGUGAACUGCUGCGGGCCCUACAGGCACUACGGCGAGCCGGUUGUCAAGGCGGCCAUAGACAGCAAGACGCAUUACGUGGACGUUAGUGGGGAACCUCAGUUCAUGGAGACGAUGCAACUGGUGUACGACCAGGCGGCGCGCGACGCCGGCGUGUACGUCGUCAGCGCGUGCGGCUUCGACAGCAUCCCCAACGAUAUGGGGGUUAUUUACCUUCAACAGAAUUUUGGAGGCACGCUGAACUCGGUGGAGUCGUACGUGAGCACGCGCGCGCCGCUGGAGGAGCGCCGCGGGCUCGCCAACCUCGGCACCUGGGAGUCUUUAGUGUAUGGAAUAGCGAAUUACAACGAAUUGCCGGCUCUGAGGAAAAAGUUGUACCCGGAGAGACUUCCGACCUUCAAGCCUAAGCUGAAGCCGCGCGGGGUGAUCCACGCGCGCGACGCGGGCUGGUGCGUGCCCUUCCCCGGCGCCGACGCGUCCGUGGUGUACCGCACGCAGCGCGCGCUGUACGAGCGCGAGCACCGCCGCCCCGCGCAGUGCCGCGCCUACGUGCGCCUGCCCGCGCUGCUGCACGCCGUGGCGCUGGUGGCCGUGGCCGCGCUGCUGUACGUGCUGGCGCGCCUGCGCCCCACCCGCGCCCUACUCCUUAAGUACCCGGGGCUCUUCACCAUGGGCAUCUUCACCAAGGAGCCGAGCGAGGCCGCCAUCAACGCGACCACGUUCCAGUUCGACCUGUUCGGUGAGGGUUGGGAGGCGGGAACCGACGUGGAGGCCGUUCCGCCUAAUAAGAAGAUGACCGUUAGGGUGUCAGGUUCGAACCCCGGGUACGGCGCGACCGUGGUGGCGCUGCUCUACUCCGCCAUCAUGCUGCUGAAGGAGAGCGACAAGAUACCCACCUACGGCGUGCUGACGCCGGGGCUCGCCUUCCGCGGCACGGGGCUGCUGCGCCGCCUCGCCGCCGCCGGCCUGCGCUUCGAGGUGCUCCCCGCGCACGAG